UUAGUUGGUCACAGGUGAUAACAUGAAGGGUGGGGGAAGCUAACAAGUGGGUUUGCUCAAGGAAAGAUUGCUGGUUUCAGCAGAGAGCUAGGUCUUCGGUAACAAUGUGACGUCCAUCAUUUCUUUAGCUAUCAUUAGAAAAUAAAUAAAUAAAAACCCAAUUUUAUAAUCAGCUAUUUGAAUUUAACACAACAGACAAAAUUGGACAAGUUUGUCAUGUGAAUUUUCCUGGGAUUCAACAAGGUGUCUUGUGUCUGGGAAUUUUGCAGCUGUUUAAGCAGUGGAGCAUUUGCAAAAAUGGACUUGCAGCUUAGAAGAUUGCUUCCCAACAGUAAAAUGUACCUUGAAAACAAUAAUGAUGUCCCUUGUGUUAAACUGGAAGUGGAGCGCGCUCAGACAAAUGCUGCUCUCCAUCCCAGCAUGAAUGGGUGUGUGGGUACUGAAGCUGUGGCCAGUAACUUCAAUGAGCUGAUACUUCUAGAUGGCUUCCACAGAUUGGGUGAUGCUAAGGGUGACCGGGAGAAGUCCUAUCAGAAUGGCCAAGAUUGUUUUGCCUUUGAACAAUUUGGCCUGGGUCCUGUACAGGGAAGGUAUCCUGGAAAUCUGACACAUCUCUUCAGCCCAAUGAAAGAACUUAGUUAUACAGAGAGGACUCCAUUGUUAAUGGUUUCUGCUGAAAAUAAAAGGGCAGAAUUCAUCUGUGGUGGGGAAUCAUGGGAGAAUAGUUCUUCCGAAUUUGAACAACGAUGUCGUCUUGGUAGUGAAGUUGGCAGCCUGUCUCGGUCCGCAUCAUCUGAAAAAUAUGAACGGUUUGAUAACCUUCAAGGGAAAUUUAACUCUUCCAAACUAAGGUGUGUAUUAAGAAACCUGAAGAUAACUGGACUCUUCAUCAUAGUAGUUGUCUGCUCGAUCCUGUUUAGCACUUAUGCUGAUAAAAGCAGCCCUUGGCAGAUGUUGGCCCUGUCAUCUCUGGAAAGCUACUCUGCAAAUCUUACAGAUUUUCAAAACUCUGCACUCUUAAAACUGGAAGUUGAUGGACCAUUUGCUGGGGAUUUGAUCGACAAAAGAAAUGAGGAAUAUAUCAUCAUACAGAUUGCACAAAUUGAGGAUCCUUUUUCAAGAAGGCGUCGUCCUACACAGAUUAUUUACAACUGGACCCUAGCUCUAAACUCGAGAAGAAAGGAACAUAUUGUAAAAAAAAAAACAUUUGAAAUAUUAAACAGUGAAACCAUUUCAAUAAACAUUCAAGCAUUUCUACAGGAGUCUCGACUUGUUCCAGUUUCUUUAUCUUAUCAGUACCUUAGUGCAAGCAUUGAGACCCAAGUAACAAUUGCUGCCAUUAUCUUAGCAGGAGUUUAUGCACUAAUCAUAUUUGAGAUUGUCCACAGAACUCUAGCAGCAAUGUUGGGCUCCUUGGCAGCUCUUGCAGCACUGGCAGCUGUUGGAGACAGACCGAGCUUGGUGAAAGUAGUGGAGUGGAUUGAUUAUGAAACGCUGGCACUGUUGUUUGGAAUGAUGAUUUUGGUGGCAGUAUUCUCAGAAACGGGAUUCUUUGAUUACUGUGCUGUAAAAGCCUACCAGCUGUCUAGAGGAAGAGUGUGGCCCAUGAUAAUAAUCCUGUGCCUUAUCGCUGCUAUCCUCUCUGCAUUCUUAGACAAUGUCACCACAAUGCUGCUUUUUACUCCAGUCACUAUAAGGUUGUGUGAAGUUCUCAACCUUGAUCCAAGACAUGUUCUAAUCGCUGAAGUAAUCUUCACAAACAUUGGAGGAGCUGCUACCGCUGUUGGGGAUCCACCUAAUGUAAUAAUUGUUUCCAACCAGGAGCUGAGGAAGGUGGGAUUGGACUUUGCUGGUUUCACCGGUCAUAUGUUUCCAGGAAUUUGUCUGGUUCUGCUGGUAUCUUUCCCAUUUCUCCGAAUCUUGUAUUGGAACAAAAAACUUUACAAUAAGGAGCCCAUUGAAAUUGUUGAAAUGAAACAUGAAAUUCAUGUUUGGAAAUUAACUGCACAAAGGAUUAAUCCUGCUAGUCGUGAAGAGACUGCAGUCAAAUGUCUAUUAAUGCAAAAAGUAUUGACCUUGGAGAGCUUGUUGAGGAAGAAGCUUAGAACAUUUCAAAGACAAAUAUCACAAGAGGACAAAAACUGGGAAGCGAACAUUCAAGAACUCCAAAAAAGUAAUGGGAUAACAGACAAGAUCCUUCUCAUCAAAUGUUUAUCGGUCUUGGGAUUUGUCAUCUUUAUGUUCUUCCUAAAUUCCUUUGUCUCUGCAAUCCAUCUGGACCUUGGAUGGAUUGCAAUUCUAGGGUCACUGUGGCUCCUCGUUCUGGCUGAUAUCCAUGAUUUUGAAAUGAUUCUCCAUAGAGUGGAAUGGGCAACUCUGCUCUUUUUUGCUGCACUGUUCGUUUUAAUGGAGGCUUUGGCUAAUCUGCACUUGAUAGAAUACAUAGGAGAGCAGACAGCAGUGCUAAUAAAGGCAGUUCCUGAAGAUGAAAGACUUGCAGUUGCAAUCAUACUGGUAGUUUGGGUUUCAGCUUUAGCCUCCUCUCUAAUUGAUAACAUCCCUUUCACUGCUGCAAUGAUUCCAGUUUUAAUAAAUUUAAGCCAGGACGCAGAUGUUAAUCUACCAAUUAAGCCACUUAUUUUUGCCCUAGCCAUUGGGGCUUGUUUUGGAGGAAAUGGAACAUUGAUUGGGGCAUCAGCGAAUGUUGUAUGUGCUGGAAUUGCAGAACAACAUGGAUAUGGAUUUUCCUUUAUGGAAUUUUUCAGGUUGGGAUUCCCUAUGAUGAUUGUUUCCACCACAAUUGGAAUGAGUUAUCUACUGGUAACACAUGUUGUGUUAAGGUGGAAUGCGUAAAACAGCAGCAAAGAAGAUUAAUUUCUCCAAUUUUAAGGCUGUGUCAAUAAAAUCCAAUGAUUAUUAUUGAGUGAGGAAAUACUGAUUUCAACUGAAUUCAGAAAACCCAAGAGGAAUCAAGAAAUCAGAUGAAAUUGUGCUUGCAUCAGUCAGUAGAUAAUUCUCUGAAACAAUAGAUGUGAUAUCUUACCCAUUUUUAAUUUUGAUGAGUGAUAUGAAUGUGGCAUUUAGUAAUUGAAUGAAUAAUUGACUGUUAACUCAUCAAAUAAUUAUUGCUUGAAUUUUUACCAAUAAAGCACAAAAUAUAGUCCUCUAAAAAGCAAACCAACUAGGGGUCAGGUUAGCUGCCUGUAUUGGACAGAGGAUGUAAUAAAAACUUUUGAGACCCCUCUCCCACUUCAACAACAGCUUCUUCUGUUCUAUUUAAAGGUUACACAUCUAUUGACUGUCAUGCGCAAUGUCCUGAGUAUUUCAUUAAAUACAGGUAGCAGGUUCCUUUCAAUUUGAUAAGGUAUAUUUACACUGUGGUCCUUUCUAUGUAUUACAAAGCAGUUUAAACUUUACCAAAAAAACCCAAAAUAUUGUUAAAAUUUAAAAAAAAAUGCAAAAAAAAUCUGUACCUUGGAAAAAAUAAAAAAUAAACCUUACUUUCACCUAAAAGAA